AUGUCCAAAGCCCCUUCAGAACUUGAAGCACGUGAGGUUCUGGUGGUCCCGGAGAAUGAAGAAGAUGCUGCUGUGCUGGAGGACGUCCCUGAUGCAUAUGCGCCCGACGAUGACGGUUCACCACUCGUCGACCUUCGGCCACUGCUAAUGAAGGUGAAGAGGAUUGUUCGCUUCUUUCGCACCAGCGAUGUUGCAUCAAGACUAUUGGUGGAAAUGCAGCUCCAGGAUGGCAAGCAGGAGCAUGAUGCAAUAAAAUUAAUCCAGGAAGUCAGGACCCGGUGGAAUUCUUGCUAUUACUUGUUGGAGCGCUUCUUGAAGUUGUCCGAGCCUGUCAGCCGGGUCCUCUUACAGCUGCAGAGGGAGAGAGGAGCCACUCGGAGAAAGCCGCCCAAUCUAAUCUCUGGUGACCAGUUUGACGUCCUUAGCGAAGUAAAGGACCUACUAAAGCCAUUGGAGGAAGCCACGCUUAUGGUUUCGAAGGGUCGUUCCGUGACACUCAACGAUGUAAUCCCGAUGGUGUACGGCCUAAAGCAGGGUAUCCACAGCUUUCAGCCCAGUCACCCCGUCACUCUCAAUCUGCAGCAAAAGCUGCUCUCAGAAGUGAACACACGAUUUAGUGGCAUCGAGUACCUGCGCCCGUACGCGGCCGCGACAAUUUUGGACCCACGGUACAAGAAGUAUGUUUUCGAACAUCCUCAGGCGGUGGCAAUGAUCGUCCGGUACCUAAGUGGAAAAGUUGCUGAAAAGGUUGGUGCUGCCGGCCGCGCUCUAGAAGAGGAUCUUGCUAGGCCGAAUACGUCGCCUCCUUCUUAUGGCAUCUGGACCGCCGUUGACCAGGCACUUCGCCAUAACUGCACUGGUACAAUGGGUCAAGAGUCGGAAAGCCAAAUGCCUUCGCAAUUGAAGGCAUACUGUAACAACCCCGUCGUUGAUCGUCGUGCCAAUCCCAGGCCGCUGGAGACGUGGCACCGCAUGCGUGUGGGUUUGGAGCACGUAUUCGAAGUAGCGAUGGAGUUUUUGUCGAUCCCAGCAAUAUCUAAUCAGUACUGCCCAUGGGAAGCUGAGUUGUCUUGGUUGAAUGACAACUACAUAAAGGUUAAUGCUGCCCUGAUGCAGUACUGCCACGAGUGUGGCUUCGCUUUCCUGGGUGGUCUCGUGGAUGACUGGCCCAGCUACCUGAGCAGAGAUGGUGUCCGGCCAAGCCGCUUUGGUAACAAGGUGCUGAAAGACUACCUGUACCAGGUGGCCUGCAGCCUGUCCAUCCAUCUGGAGAGCAAGCCGCAUCCAGCAGUGCUACAAGGAGACCCAGGCACCUUCUUCAUGGACCAGCUGAACUCGGCAGGACAGCAUCCCUGCCAUCUCUGA